GGAAUUUCAAUCUGGUCACCUUCGUCGAGGGCUUAGCGUUGCAGUGGUGUUCCUCGAUGUUAGAGAGGCUUUCCACAAAGUAUGCCGGAAUUUCAGGCCGACAGUUGGCUUACAAUAGGUCAGAGAUGCUCUUUGUGCCAAGGGGUGUUCAGCUUCCUUGGCAUGCUACGUGGUUCAGAUCCAUCUGUGCACCGGACGAUAUAGGCAGCGACUCAUUAGCUCCUGUCGAUGUCUCCUGGAUGGAUGACUUAGCACUUUUGCUAUCUGCCCCCACUCCUGGAGCCGUUGUUGCGGCUGUUGGUGGUGCCACCGCCACCCUGCUGGACGAGUGUCUCAAAGCUCUGCUGCAUCCGAACCUUGACCCUGGCAAAACUGAGGAGUUCUGGGCGAUUCUGCACUAUGGUGGCAAAUGGUGCGAGCUUGCCCGAGACUCCGUUGCGUGGCUGAGCAAGCAGCUUGCAAUUGGCGAGCACAACAGGUUGCUUUGCUUGCUGAACUUUGGGAGGCUGAAGUCCAGCAUUAUCACGGUUUGCCAAAACAUGAAGCGUGUGCUGCUUGCCAACAGCGGUUCCCUGACCUUCGUUGCUGGAGCCAUCACGCCUUUAAGAAGCAUGGGCGUGUCAAAGAGUCUCGUCUUUUCUCUGUCGGAACGCAGUGCCAGGCGGCAGGUUGGAUAUGUCGAGCUUGAGCCGGGUCGUGGGAGUAAGAAGUUCAAUGAUGGAAGCAGUGUCAUGCUUCCGGCAGUGCUUGCUGACGGACUCGAGUGGCUUUUUUGUAGGGAAGAUGAAGUUCUUGACUUUACUUCCUUGCUGGCAGAGGAGAUCUCUGUGCGAUGGGCCUCUUGGCACAGUCGGAUCUCCCUUCACCUCUGCCAGAUUGACUUUGUUGAUUGGCUUGUUCCCGACGCUGAAGAAGGUGCCGCAUGCGCCGACGCCAUCGUCCAUGCUGGUGGCAGGCCCAUCCCCAUCGACUGCGACUUGGACUCUUACGGCCUGUCGUUGGAAGCCGUGCGGAGCGGGCUCGAAGCCAACAAGGGUGUUGUGGGCAUUGUCAUCGCUCCAUGCUACGGCGUGCCGGCACGCGACUUUGGCGCCAUCCAGGCCCUCUGCAAAGAGAAGGGGCUGUGGCUUUGUGAGGAUGCCUGUGAGUCCUACGGGGCAAGCUGCAAUGUACGUGGCUUCCGAGUCCCUGUCGGGUCAAUGGCAACCCUGAGUGUGGUGUCUGUGCGGUCGGAGAAGAUGAUCGGAGUUGGUGAGGGUGGAGCCAUCCUGGGGAAUGAUGCAACAUUGGUCGCGAGGGCCAAGUGGUGGUGCUCCAGAGCUCCCUGCAGAGGUGUGGGCUUAUGGCGCGUGUACGAGCACGACGCAGUUGGGCAGAACUUCAGAAUGCCGGAAAUGCCGCAGCCCCAAUCGAUCAUACUGGUUCUGUUUGCCGCGACUGCCGCAGCGGAGCUGCGCGGGAGGGCCAAGCGGCAAGGCUGGAGCGUUCUGGGUCAUGCGUUUGACGAGUGA